CUGCUGUCCAGCUGAUAAAUGUCCAGGAGUAAGCAAGUUCUUCCCCACUCUGUCCUGAGCAAAAAGAGAGCUUCUGUAAUUCCUCCAGGCAGAUGCCGUUGAAGCUGGUGUAGCCUUGCUCAGGUACUGAGAAGGAAGAGGGGAACCAUUGACGUGUAUGCAAGUUUUGUGUAUUAACAGGCAAGAGGAUUCCUGCUCUUCAUGGAGAUGAACAACACAAUGGUUCCACUUCCUUCAGAUUUACUUAGUAAGAAAGAGACUAUGUGCAUUUUUGGCACAGGAGAUUUUGGAAGAUCUCUAGGAUACAAGAUGAUGCAAUGUGGCUACUCUAUAGUAUUUGGAAGCCGAAAUCCUCAAGCCUCUGGACUGAUCCCAGAAGGUGCAACAGUAUUAUCACAUACAGAAGCAGCAGAGAUGUCCAACGUGAUCAUUAUAGCAGUCCACAGAGCACACUACAACUUUCUUGAAAGCCUAAGGGAAGCUCUCCAGGGGAAAGUACUAGUGGAUGUGAGCAACAACCUCAAAACAAACCAGUAUCCAGAAUCCAAUGCUGAAUAUCUUGCCCAGCUGAUGCCAAGCAGCAAAGUGGUGAAAGCAUUUAACACGGUAUCAGCUUGGGCUCUGCAGUCAGGUGGCCUGGAUGCAAGCAGACAGGUGUUUGUCUGUGGAAAUGACAACAAGUCAAAAGAAAAAGUGAUGGAAAUUGUUCGAAGCCUUGGUCUCACUCCGGUGGAUAAGGGUUCUCUUUUAGCAGCAAAGGAAAUUGAGGAUUACCCUUUGCAACUUUUUCCAAUGUGGAAAUACCCAAUCCUGCUCUCCCUUGGUCUCAGCGCAUUCUUCUUAUUGUACUCCAUAAUCCGCGAUGUGGUCUACAAUUACAUCACAAAAAACAAAGAUUAUUCCUUUUUUAUUGCCAUUAGCAUCCCGAAUCGGAUUUGCCCUGUUGUGGCACUCAUCCUUCUCGCUUUGGUUUACUUGCCUGGGAUCUUUGCUGCUAUUCUCCAAUUAUACAGAGGCACUAAAUACAGUCGUUUCCCAAACUGGCUGGACCAGUGGAUGCUUUGCAGAAAGCAACUUGGCUUGGUGGCCUUGGCUUAUGCUUUCUUACAUGUUUUGUAUACACUUGUCAUCCCUAUUCGAUAUUAUGUAAGAUGGAGGAUCAGUGGUUAUACCCUUGACCAGGCACAUAACAACAGAACAGAUCCGCUGAAUAUCGAGAGAGCCUGGAUCAGUGACUCUUACGUUGCUUUGGGUAUCUUGGGGUUCUUUCUCUUCGUCCUUUUAGGAAUCACAUCCUUGCCCUCUGUCAGCAACAGCGUCAACUGGAGGGAGUUUCGAUUUGUACAGUCUUAUCUGGGAUACCUUACACUGGUUUUAUGCACUGCCCAUACACUGGUUUAUGGUGGGAAGAGGUUCUUGAAUGCUCACUCAUAUCCAUGGUUUCUUCCUGCAGCUUAUAUACUCUCUCUCAUUAUCCCUUGCAUCGUGUUGGUCAUGAAGUUUUUUCUAAUAUUGCCAUGUAUCGAUAGACCACUGACUGACAUUCGACAGGGAUGGGAGAGGAAAAGCAAAUACAGAAAACAGGCAAACAAUGGCCAAACAGCCAAAGAAACAUCUGCAGUAUAAGUUUCCAGCAUCUGUACCAAAAUGUGCACUUACAUACCUGUCUGUACUCACAUGACAACAAAGAAUCUAGUGGUGCUUUAAAGGCCAACAAAGUUUAACACAAAAUUUUGUUGACUGCAGCCCACUUGUGAGAUGUAUGCUGUCUGCAUGUACAUAGGAAACAGCUAAAAAUGACCAUAGAACAAACAACUAAGACACAUUGAAAGCUGAGUUUUGAAAAUUAAAUAAUUACUUGGUAACAUAAAGACCAGAAAUAUUUGGCUACAGUUCAGCAUUAUCUGGUUGCUGUUCUCUUUCAGUAAUGAAUUCUCCUUUUCUGGCUUUCAGAAUGGAGGAAACCAUUGCUGUCUAUCUCCUACUUCCACUGGGUAAUAAGGAAACCUAUUUAGCAGUGGAAUAAUACAUUCAUCAGUUUAAAAGUAUUAACUAGGAAUAGGGCUUAUGACAUAAAACAUGACAAUAAAUCAGUUUGAAUCCUAUUCUUUUUAGAUCCCCCUAUCAGGACAGAGCUGGAGUGGUGUAGUGGUUUGAGUGAACUGGGAUACUGGUAGACCAGGGUUUGAAUCCCUGCUUGGUCACAGGAACUCACUAGGUGAUAUUGAGCAAGUCACACACUCUCAUCCUCAGAGGAAGGCAAAGGCCUCUGAACAAAUUCUGCCAAGAGCAUCCCACCUUAGGGUCACCAUAAGUCAAAUUAAUUUGAGGGCACACAACAACCACAAACUGUGGGGAUGCCAAAGAUUACAGAAUUUGCUAUGGUUUCCAAAUUCAUAAAUAUGCAAAUAUUUAAUGGCACACAGGACAAUCUAUGCACAGAUUACACACAACUGCCUGCAGGAAAUAUCUUUCCAAGGUAUUUUCUCACAUCUAUUGACCACCACUUUGUGAAGAACUGGGCUAUAGUUUUCAUGGUACAGUUCAUUUUGUAUAAAGGAGUGGCCAAAGGGCUUUGCUGUUCUGGAUUCAAGUAUGCUUCAGCUGUAGAUGUGAAUUGGACUGCUCAGCCCAUUUGUACUAAAAUUGACUCACUAAAGUCAUUGUAUUAAUGUACAUAUAUAUCAUUGUGGUUCAACUACUGAUGGAGAAAAACUUGUGAAUAAGAUUAUAUGAAUCCUAAAUCAGUAAUUUGCAAGUGGUUUCACUGAAGCAUCUUUAGAUCCAUUGUUUCCCAUUGCUGUACAUUAUUAUAUUUGUACUGUAUUUUUACUAUUAAAAUAUAUCUUCUUUCCAUGUAUAAAAUGUCUAUAUACAAACAUUGUUGAUGCACAUUGUUUAUUUUAUCCCAAUAAAGAAAAUCAAUUUUAAGAACCAA